AGUGCUCAUACGCUCAACCAGAGACGAAUAGUUGGAGAUGCUACUUACACUGAUCAGACAUACAAAAGAAAAAUCAGCUUGUCAUGGAGAUGGGUGGCAGCGGCGCAGCACCCCAUCAGCGUCGAGAUUCUUGCUGUCUACAAUGCCAGCCAUUGCAUGGCUUGUGCUUAUAUAGAGAGGCAAACCAUAGGAGUUAAGCACCAUUGCAGCAAAAUUUCUUUUCUCUGAAUCUCUCUUCCGUUUCCAGAUACAUUUCCAGCCAUUGCUACCCAGCAGAACUUCUUUUCUCUCAAGACAAACCUCUCUUCACCUUCUGCUACCAUUGAAACAGUGUCCGAUGGUUUCAGGAGGUGUGUACGUGAGUACAAUAGCAUCGAGGAGGUCAUAUGCAGUCAAAUUAUCCUUUGCCAGAGCAACAAAGGUAAGCUGUGGAGCUCAAGCUCGAGCACUCUGUUGCACUUAUCGACAUCUGCAAUGCCAUACUAGAGAGCUUUUCUAAGCUCAAGACAAGCACUCAGGAAAUUGCAUUGGCUGCCAGAAAAGGAGAUGAUGCACCUAUUCAGGCCAAGAUACAGUUCUUCAUCCCGCUGACCAAGAUGGCAAAAAAACAGUGGAAGAAGAUCAAGAAGAAAUCUCCUUCAGCUGACUGGCUGGAGCAAGAGAGGUCGUUGCUUCAAUGCUUCAGUCAUCCACACAGACAGCCACUGAAGCAAAUUGCGAUGUCGAGUUAUAACAAGUGGUAUCUUGUCUCCAACAAGUUCCACAAGAAAAGACUUCCAUCCAACAAGGAGCAAUUAUGGAAACUGGAGUUUCGUUGUUCUUGAGGGCAGUGCUUGGACUUUCUUGAGAUUGAUCCAGAGCAGAGUUUCUUUUCCGAAUGCUCUAAGCUUGUACAUGGAUGAUACAUUGCCUAUGGUUCACUGUGAUUGGCACUCACCUUUUAGAGGAUAUGUUUAAUGUUUAUGCUGCUAAUAGCUUGGACAGCUACUUCAAGAAAAGAAAAAAGAAUUUGGAGCAUUGAACUAAGACUGGUCCAGAAAAUACAAUUACUCAGAAAUACUCAUCAUUACUGGCCGUCAUACAAGCUAAUAGCAAACUGUUCAAACCGAGUUUUGAAAUAUGUCACUGCAAGAUGGCCAUGUUAUUCAGAUGCCAUGUGUGUUACUCAGAAACAAGCAAAGGAUCCUUGUGCAGUGGAUCUUUCUAUGCAUAGCUACAGCAACCCAGCUCCAACACUCCAAGUUGACCAUGUAGGUAACAUGAGUUGGGCACUACAUAACACGUAUGCAACUACAAUUAAAAAAAUUAACACGGAACUAUGUCAACAUCCACCAACAGAGCAAACCGUCCGGCUGAUUCUUGUCGCCAAUUAAUGGAACAUUGACAACGUGAUAUCUCAUUGGAAGAAUAGCUGCUGCACUGAAGAAUUUGAACUACACAUGGGCAAAGAUACCAAAUGUCGCACCAGAUCUCACAAACUUGUAUACAAAACUGUGAAGAUGAGUUGGCAUGAUUCCUUGUGUCUACCAUUCGAAUGGCGAUGUAUCAUACAGUUCCUCUGUAUAAGUAGGCCUCAGAAGAAGGCUAAACACAUCAAACCGAAAGGUGCUCUCUCAUUCUCAUAUCUUCAAACCUCAAGUACUCAACACAUAGGAAAGAGUCUUAGCAACAGAUAUGGCUUGCCAUCUUAGAUCAGUUAGUUUGCCUUCUAGGCCUCACACCAAGGUUGAAGAGGAGCUGCACAGCCUAGAGGCAAGCAUCUCUUCAACCUCCAUGACCAUCGAGACAAUCUCUGAUGGUUUGAGGAGGCUUGGAGACAUCUACAGCAGCAUUGAAGAGAUCAUGUGCCUUCCUAGCAACCAAAUUUGCUCUUCCCAGCAAAGGAAGAUGUUGGAAGGUGAAACCGAGUGCUCCCUUGAGCUACUAGAUCUCUGCAACGCCAUGCAUGAGGACUUCACCGAGUUGAAGGCCAUUAUCCAGGAUCUGCAAGUGGCAACCAGAAAAGGAGAUGACACCGUUGUUCAAGUCAAGGUCCAGUGUUACACCCGCCUGAUGAAGAAGGCGAAGAAACAUUUCAAGAAGGCAGCGAAGAAGGUUACAUCCGACAAGGAGGACUGCAGGAUGGUCAGGCUGUUGAGUGAGGCUAGGGAGAUCACCACCUCUCUCCUCGAGUCAACAGUACACCUCUUGUCCAAGCAAAUCACAGUGCCAAAAUGGUCUCUUGUCUCCAAGGCAUUCCAGAAGAAGAACUCGGUUGUUUGCAAGGAGGAGCAGUUGCAGGUCCUAGAGUGCAGUGUUGGAGAUCUUGAGUCUGGAGGGGGAAUUCUGUUCCGGAGAUUGAUCCAGAGCAGAGUUACUCUCCUAAACAUUCUUAGCUCAUAGAUACUCUUCAACGUCUGCUACUCUUGCACCGUGCGAUUGGCUUCCACGUUUUAAAGGAUUGCUGAUCUUUCCCAGUGAGUGUAUAUAUGUAGAAAUGUACAGAAUACUUCAUACAGAAAGGAAACAAAAGUUUUGAUCGAACUCA